CAGCUGCUCUUCAUUGAGCAACAAAGAGACCGAGUCUUGCUCACAGCAUGUCCCCAGGGACUCCGUAUGAAGAAGUCGUUGAAGCACACAAGCCCACCUCGAGAGGCUUUUGCCGGAUGUCAGGUCGAAACUGGCCUUUUCGUCGAGCAGAACAGAGGAAAGGCACCGUGACUCUAUGGCACGCGUGGACGAUGAUGCUGACAGGUCGUGAAACAGAGGGAGGAAAUCGCUAAUGGAGCAAGGGUCAUACGGGCACUCGCACUGCGAAUCAGUCCGACCGUGGUUGAGAGGGGUCCCUUGCCCACGAAGAGCAAUAGCCUCAGCUAAAGUGGACAGGUCCUUCUGACGCCUGGAAGUGGCUUGCCAGCACUUCUCACAAGCUGGAAAGCGCGAGCUAGCUCGUCUUGGCGAGCAUCCAACGCAUGCACGGGCAAGUACCUGCGUUUGCUGCGGCAGAUCUUGGCAUUCUUAUCGACCAUCACUUCGCGCUCCAUGCGACGUGUGGCUCGAUGUUCGAGGAGAGGCCGAGCCCUUUUUGCCGCAUGCAAGACGUAUGGCUCUACACCAUGCCCGCUGCACUUUUGGUAGCAGUGCUACCUGGGCCGCUCAGUCCUGUGCUGAUGCCGCUCAGAGCAAGCCGGCACACGAGUUGCUAGUCUCGCUGAAGGUUGGCUCAAGCCUCAAAGGCAAGCUCUUGAAUCAACAGACCGAACCGCUCUUCCCGUCGGUCUCGGCAAAAUCACCUACUUUUGUGGAUUGAUCACGACAUCGCCGAGCCUACAUGAGUGCACUCACCAUUCAGGACAGAUUCGCGUCUAGACUGUUGAAAGCGAAGUCCUCAAGCAUCAACCUUAUGUGCGACAUGACCAAGCCUUUGCCAGCCAAAGCGUGGCUGCAGGACCUGCGGCAAAGCGGCCUAAGUGAUAGGCUUUGUCAGAUAGGACUGGAACAUGUGGCGGCUGCAAAAGCGAGCGGAACUUCUGGCAAUGCGGAUGACCGUGGCACCAUGAGGUACUCGCAAAUGAGAUGCAUGAUCAAGACACAGAGAUGGAAAGGUGCCAUAUAAGCCAAGCGUUUGCCUUGAUGUUCGGGACGCUCUGCUCCAACCACAAAUCGUGCAGCGUUUUGUAUUAAAUAGACCGUGAGCAUUCAGACACAGCUCAGCUCUUACCGCCCGUCGUCACCUCUUGCAACGGUUCUUGACGCUCCUCACUUGUCUACCUCACUGC